AUGAGACAAUAUGACUCGUCCAUUGAAAUUCCAAAAUUUGACACAAUUAAUGAAAAUAAUUUCAAUCCAAAAAAUUCAUUUCUGUUGGCUUUUAUCCAAUCAACAAGGUUUGGGGUUUCUGGAGCUAUUAUAACUUUAUUAGUUGAACAAGAUGAGAAUUCAGGAAUUUCAAAGAGGACAAUCUUUAUAUUUUUGGAAGGGGCUUAUGGACUGGAAGAAUUGCAAAUUGCAUUCUAUUCCUUACUGAAUUUUAGGAAAUAUAUUGAGUACAUUUCAGUGUACGAUGAAAUUCAUGUAAAAUUGGCAAACACAAGAAUUGUUUCGUCUAACUAUGAAGUUCUCUAUCCUCCACAAUUUACCCUCCAAAAUUUGGAUGUUCAAUUGAGCUAG